AUGAACAGGCCUAUUUGGACAUUGCCUUUGAGCAAGUAUACGAUAGAUAAACUGGAUAAACUGGGAUACAAGUGUUGUGAAGAUUUGCUCGAUUCAUUAGACGAUCCUGAAAAGAAAUCUACGUUUUUACGAAAACAUAUGGAAUCAGAAUCUGAUAUCCGUGAUAUGCUAAAAACUCCAAAAUACAAGACCGCUGCAGAUCUAGACAUUGAACGCGAUAGUAUUGCUACGUUUUGCAAGUCCAUUGACGAACUUUUAAACGGAGGUAUUCAAGUUGGACGAAUAACAGAAUUGUCCGGAGCUCCAGGCUCGGGCAAAAGCCAAUUAAGCAUGCAACUCUGCGUUUCUGUUCAAAUACCUGUGUGUUUCGAAGGACUACAAGCUGAAGCAAUUUAUGUCGAUACGAAUUCAAAUUUUUCCGAACUCCGGCUAACAGAAAUGAUCGACGCUUUCCUCGGCCAUGUGUCUAAAGUGCUGUCGGGACCCAAUGAUUUCAAAGGAGCAGCCAACAGCGAGUUGCUAAAGAGUCUGACCACCGCUGGCAUGCUGAGUAAAAUACACAGGGUUCAAAUGAAUGACCUAAACCAGCUGCACGCUUUGUAUACGACUCUCGAACGUCACCCGAACGUGAAAUUAAUUGUGGUGGACAGUUUCGUCAUGCCGCUGUACCAGGUGGAAAAUUCGCUUAGAAAGAACACGCUGGUCCACAGCGCUCUCGAUCUAUUGCAAACGAUUGCUGUCGAACACGAUCUGGCCGUGUUACUGACCAACGAUCUGACGACCGCGGUCACCGAAAGCGGCACGGAAGUCUUUCCGGCCUUAGGCGAAUCGUUCGGCCAUCGCGUUCAGUAUAGACUUCUGCUGAGCAAAAUUCUCAACCGACCAAACGAGUACACAGCGCUGCUGAAGAAAAGCGUCGAACACGGUCGUUCCGCUGCUCGAUUUACUAUUUCAUCCGAUGGAGUACGCGAUCUGCCCAUGGAAUAG